UUUUUAUUUAGAUUCAAAAGAUAAAUAUGUGAGUAAAAAACAUAUAUAUUACUAUCUACAUUACUAGAAUUUUACUUUUCACACGAAACACAGUAAUUUCACAUUCCUAGUAAUAUUUGAUGAGAUAACCGUGUGAACCAAAUGCGGGAAUUAUACAAUUCCCAGUAAUCUCAUUCCUGCCGACGAGAUUCCCCUUAAUCUCUCAAUUCCUAGGAAUCUUAUAUAACGCGAUUCAAACGCCCCCUUCAGUUUUAUCAACCAUGACUUUAUGAUGCAAGUGUCAUCCAAAUGCAUUAAGUUAGAUAACUGAUAUGACAUGUUUUUGGAACCAGGCCACCUAAGAAUAAUUCUUUCAAAUUAGACCUGAAAAUCUGUACCCUUGUAUCCCUCAUGUAUCCCUUGCUUAUCCUUCGAGUACCCCUCUAAUAUCUCAGUAUUUUUCUAUUAUUUUGUUAAAUCCGAGAUGCACUUAACUUGUUAGGCAAGUAUUGGUAUCCGAUACAUAUCUGAUACAAACACAACAACCAAAAUGAACUAUUUGCCCCCCUCAAAUCUCGCUGAUUUUAAUUUGAAGUUAUUGUGGGUUACUUUUUCUUUUUUCUUUUUCUUUUUUUUUUUUCAAAUCGUGCAAAAAAUAUGCGAUUUUUUAGUACAGGUUGGCAUGAGUCAAUGUCAAAAUGGGUGGGUAUAGGCUGAAUAUACAAUUAUGAGUUAGCUUGAUCAAGUGAGCUGGAAAAAUUUAACAGAUUAAGAAUGGCUUGCUGAGUUUGAAAAAGGUCAACCGUAUUUUCAUUGGAAAUAUCUCUAGGAGGAUGCUCUCUACCAGUUCAUUUGGGAGUUAAACAAAUACGGAUAGGAUUCUCACGUUCAAUUGAUGCGAGCUAUGGCUUGUAAAAUUUCUAGUGGCACCAUGCCUAUAACAAAAAGCAGACAGAGUGAGGAUAGUUGCCUUUCAUGUUCACCAAUUGGAUCAACUUGUACAUGCCAAAAUGUGGAGCUCAAGAAAUUAAGUAACGGUCAUAUUUUCAAACUAAGGCUUUGCCUUUCUAAUGGAAGUUUGCGGCGUCUUAGCGGGAUGCCUUACUCGCACAAAUUUUCUAGAGGUUAUGUUCUUGCAUGUCAUAGUAGUGAAGCCAGAGAAGGGAUGAGGAGUUCUGACAAAUGCAUCGAUCCUUACAGUAGUCAGCUGAUGGACAAGCAUUCUGGUGGGAGUAGUUCUCAACUGUGUGAUCAUAAAGCUACAGCUGAUAGCAAAUCAACCUACAUGAGUCAAGGCUUGGCUGAAGCUUUUAAAUUUGUUUAUAAUGAUGCAAAGUUUGUAAACGAAAGAGCUCAAAAUGACAUCUUGUUGCUCUCACGUGGCAUAACAAGGCUGAAUGAUCGCGCACGCCAGGAUGUUGCUGUUCUAGGGAUGGGAUUUCUGAAGCUUGAUGCUCGGGCGCGAAAGGACACUCAGAAGAUUGACCAUGGUGUCAAGAGAAAAGCUGCACAUUUAAACCAUAUAGCUACUAUAUUAAAGGAAAAAGCUCAUUCAGACUUGAAGAGAGCAGCAGACCAGCACUGGAGUGAUGGGGCUUUAGAAGCGGAUUUGCGAAGAGCUGACUUUUGUGCUAGACGUCGUGCCAUGGAAGAUGCUUUCAUGGCUUUGAAGUUUGUUAAAAAUAUCCAUGAUAUGAUGGCAAGCAAAUUGUAUCAGCAACCACCAAAGGACGGUUCCCUUUCCAUUAACCGCUCGUUGGGAUUCAUCACCCUUGAGAAAAAUGGGAAGGCUCUUGAUCUGUUUGCUCGAGAAGUUUUAACUGAUCGAAUCACUGCCAUAGAGGACGCCUAUUGGAGUAUGGCUGCUGCCUUGUCUGAGGCUGAUGGUAUUGACUAUACCGAUCCCGAGGAGCUCGAAUUGCUAGUGGCAACUCUUAUCGACCUUGAUGCAAUGGACGGUAAAACUAGUGCCUCAUUAUUGGUUGAAUGUUCGAACUCUCCUGAUGUUAACACCAGGAAAGCUUUAGCAAAUGCGCUAGCAGUGGCUCCGUCGAUAUGGAUUCUUGGGAAUGCUGGUAUGGGUGCCUUGCAGCGAUUAGCUCAAGAUAGCAACCCUGCUGUUGCUGCAGCUGCUUCAAAAACCAUUAACGAGCUGAAGAAGCAAUGGGAAAUGGAAGAAGGUGAUAGUCUGAGGUUUACUGUGAAUCAGUGUUGGCAGGCUGGGGAAAAAGAUGGUAAUAACUUGGAUACUGACACUUCAAAAUGACUCAGAAAGAUCCAGACUCUUCGGGCGACCAAAACAUCCUUUUUAUCUCAUGACUUCAUUCACAUGUUCAAUGUAAAAAGGUUUUGGCCCAAUAGCAAAGGACCGCUUGAGAUUUAUAUUCUCUUUCCUCGUUAGUACCCAAUACAACCACUGCAGAAGAUAAGAAACUAUGUGGGUGUUUCGCCUUAACUUUUGAAAAGUAAUUUUGAGCGCAAAAGUAAUUUUUAACUCAA